GACUUAACACAUUUUAAACCAGCGGGUGAUACGGAUGUUUUACUUACAUACGAUUUAUUUCAAAUUCCAUCCAUUUAUUCUCAUCGAUAACAUGAACUCAUAAGAUUUCCAUUGAAGUAUUGGUUCCACGCGAGUAAUACUAAAGCGGAAUUAAUAAUAAUACAAAAAUGACGCCUUUUUUUCAUUUUAAUUGGGUUAUUUGUGAGUUUGCAUUAUUGGAAGAUUGUUUCCGAUUUGUCCAGAAAUGUUUUACAGCCGUUCUUGCGACGUGAGCGCGCACGCGGUGCCAUAGACCCGCGCAUAUCAUUAGGCAGUACUGUCAUCCUAACUGUAGUCGUGUAACCUGUGUCUGCAGCUGGAUCACACAAGGGGGGAUGCCUUGCUUAUCGGCUGCGGGUGCAGAUGGCGGCUUGAAGCUGGUGAAUAAGCAGAAAACAGAGGGAGUGGACGCGGAUGCGGAUCAUGAGGAGCCGCAUCCCUUUCAGCGUCACGCGGCUGAAGAUGAAUGAAUCUAGCGAUGAGGAUGAGGGUACUUUGUGUACAUUUGCAGGGGUUGAUUGUUUUCGACGCGCUAUUUGAAGCAGCUUUUUCCUCAGAGGGUGGCAUUGUGGAUUUGUAGUCUCCUGUUUCUCCCUCCUGCGGUCGCGCAGUUCCGCUCAUCCGACGCAGGGAGGGAGGAGAGGGGCGAUGGCCGCCGGUGGAGCAGCAGGAGGAUGCGGAGACACGGUGGAGCAGUGCCGGGCCGAGGUGGAGCGUCUGUCCCGGGAGCUGGCAGAGGCCAACCGCGAGAAGAUCCGGGCGGCGGAGUGUGGGCUGGCGGUUCUGGAGGAGAACCAGAGCUUGAAGCAGCAGUAUGCCGAGCUGGAGGCCGAUCAGGAGGCUCUGAGGCUGGAGCUGGAACAGCUGCAGGAGGUGGGCUCAGCAGGGGCAUUUGGUCAGGCCUACUCCACCCAGCGUAAGGUGGCCGAGGAUGGCGAGAGCAACGUGGAAACGUUGCUGCAGGAGUCUGCCACCAAGGAAGCCUACUACAUGAGCCGGCUCCUCGAACUCCAGGCUGCGGUCAAGCGCAGCCAGGCCACUGCGGCCAAUGCGCUGGCUGACAAUGACCACCUGAGCUGCCUGCUACAGGAGCUACGGGAGAGCAAUGAGAUGUUGGAGCUGCAGCGUAGCCGCACGCGAGAAGAGAUCGGGGAGUACAAGUUUCGAGAAUCCAGGCUGGUUCAAGACUACGCAGAGCUAGAAGAGGAGAACAUCUCUUUGCAGAAACUGGUUUCAAGCCUCAAACAGAAUCAGGUGGAAUAUGAAGGCUUAAAACAUGAAAUCAAGGUUUUGGAAGAGGAGACCGAUGUUCUGGACAGCCAGUUGCAGGACGCGCUGCGUUUGAAGGACAUUUCUGACUCGCAGCUGGACGAGGCGCUGGAGUCUCUGAAGAGUGAGCGCGAGCAGAAGAAUCACUUGCGCAGAGAGCUGGUUCAUCAUCUGAGCAUGUGCGACGUGGCGUACACCGGCAGCGCGCACCUGACGUUCACGUCGGCCCCACCCAGUGGCACGGCAACUCCCACAACUUUGCUCUCGCCGACCGCAGAAGAUCCAACAAGGUGUAAUGGCCAUGUCCAAGGCGCAACACGAAUCGCAGCGGCAUCAGGCUCGGUGGCUGGUGCGAAUGGAGAACGCCGGGGUACGAGUCGUAAAACCGAAGGUGUGACGACGUCGGACCUCUACAGCGAGAUGAAUGUGACAGAAGUUCAGAAGCUCAAGCAACAACUGUUGACUGUGGAACGGGAGAAAGUUGCACUGAUAGCCAGUCUGCAGGAAUCACAGACUCGGCUCCAGCACACCCAGGGUGUUCUCUCUGAACAGCAUGAGAAGACCCUCCGCCUUAGCCAAAAGGUCACCGCCCUAAGCCGCGGACAGCAGGGAACCCAGACCAGUUUUGAGUCUCUGCUCAACUCUGAAGACCUCAAGGGACCUGACAAAGAUAAGACAACCAAAGAUGAAGAUGAAAACGAGGAGGAUUCAAUAUUUCCUUACCAGUCGCCAGGUUUGGAGGUCUUGCAGUGCAAGUACCACGUGGCCGUGACUGAGGUGGUGGAGCUCAAGUCAGAAAUGAAAGCACUGCGGGACAGGUUGGCUCAAUGCGGGGAAGGCGUUGCACAUGAGAAGCCAAGGAAGGAAGGAAAUGCCCUGCAACAGAGACUGGAGAGGAAGGUAACGGCACUAGAAAAGAGCUGCCAGGAAGGGAAAGAGAAGAUUUCUAGUAUGGAGGCUGAGUUGCAGGCGGCUCAGUCGGCAGCCGCCGAGAGCCAAGGGGCUUUGAAUGCUGCUCAGGAUGAACUGGUGAUGCUGAGCGAGGAGCUUGCCCAGCUCUACCAUCAUGUCUGUCUGUGCAACAAUGACACGCCCACCCGUGUCAUGCUGGACUACUACAGACAGGGCAGGGGGCUCCGGGGCCUUUGUGCCAGUCUCAAAGCCAUGUCUGCCGACAACAGUAAAGUUCUCCUCACGCCACGCCUUGCCAGGAGACUGGCCACCGCCACCUCCACAACCUCAACCUCCGGGGAGUCACGGAGCCCCUCUGAGUCUCCGUCCAAAGAACCGCUGUCUGGAGGGGAUAGAGGAAGACAUAGUGAGGAGGGGGACAAGGAGCUCACGCAGAGUCAUUCGGAGCAAAGUCUGACUCGCUGCAGUCCUCCAACACGGUCACCCAGCAUCAGUGCCUCAUCAUCGUCCUCGUCGUCCUCAUCGCCCGCUUUGGAACCGGCUGGUGAGCUACGCAGAGAGCCCUUGAAUAUCUACAACCUCAAUGCCAUCAUCAGAGACCAGGUAAAGCACCUGCAGAGAGCAGUGGACAGGGCUCUUCAGCUGUCCAGACAGAGAGCCGCAGCGAGGGAACUGUCUCCGUUGCUCGACAAGGACAAAGAAAGAUGCUUGGAAGAGAUCUUGAAGCUCAAGUCCCUGCUCAGUACCAAGAGAGAGCAGAUCGCCACCCUCAGACUUGUGCUCCAAGCUAACAAACAGACAGCAGAGGUGGCUCUCACCAACCUGAAGAGCAAGUACGAGGCAGAGAAGUCGAUGGUGACUGACACCAUGACGAAGCUACGGAACGAGCUGAAGGCCUUAAAAGAAGACGCGGCCACUUUCUCCUCCGUACGAGCAAUGUUUGCCACCAGGUGCGAUGAGUAUGUGACCCAGCUGGAUGACAUGCAAAGACAGCUGGCCGCGGCUGAGGAUGAAAAGAAGACGUUGGACUCUCUCCUGCGAAUGGCCAUUCAACAAAAACUGGCCCUCACCCAGCGUCUUGAGGACUUGGCAUUUGAUCAAGAACAAACGCAGCGUAGCCCCGCCUGCCGGCCGACCCGCAGGAAGACCAGCGCUCCCAAAGUAAGUCUCGCGACCUCGACUUCGGCCUCGGACCUGACGCAAGGCUCUGGUGCAGCUUUGGUCCCCAGUUGUUCCUCCCCUUCCUGCCUUAACAGUCCAACAUCAGUUGUCUCUACUGCUGCAGACUUGUCCUCAACUCUGACAUCCCCGAUAUCACACAUACCCUGUCGCAGUCCGUCAUCACCAGCGAUUGCCUCGCCGCCCGAAACUCUGGCGGUAAAAAGCCCUCCGUCUCUGGAGGUGUCAACAACGGCGUCCUCAAUCCCCCAGAGGCACGCUCAGUCACGGUGGACCCUCGGGAUGCGAACAUUUGUCGUGGAUUCCCAGAGUUUCCGAAUUACAUCUCCUUUCUCCCGUAGCUCGACUCCUUCAAGGCAUGUCGCUCCAGAUACUCAGACCACCGCGCUGACCGCAACAAGACCGAACCAAGCAGGCUCCACCCCUUCGUCUCCCUAUCGAUCGCCACUGCUUGGGCUCAAACGCUCUUUGUGGAGCCCAUCACCCCGGACUCGUCCCUUGUCCAGGCUGACGGGAUCUUCCGUACAUCACAUUCCCUCGUCAUCCUCUCAGUACUCUUCUUCCUCCCAUAGUUAUUCACCCGCCUAUUAUAGCGCUUCCGGUCCAACAUCAUACAGCCACUCGAGCCACUACACCCCUCUCUACCCCAGAUACUACAGUUCCUUCCGGCCCAGACAUUGA